CCCCAAAGACGAGAUGAAAGCAAAUUCUCUCAUGAACAACAUCUUGAACCUUUAUAAAGAUUUCGGCCUCCCCAUCAACGGCAACAUGGGCGUCGACACAUCAGGCCUAGGCCUCACUGGAGGCUCGCCAGAUGCUGAUCCGGACACACCGCGCAGGCCGCGAAUGCGAAUGAAGAGGGGAGGGGCGGUGCUCACCCCAGAUCGCAAUGGAGUUUUUGAGUCAGAGACGCGUAAGAGGAAGCGAGGCCGCAGCUCCAGUAUUGCUCAGAAACGCCCGCGCAUUCAAGGUAACAGAAAUUCCAUACAUUUCAAUGCCGUCUACCAAAACAGACGCGCCGCCAAGAAGCACAUCAUUAUCCGGGUCCCCGAGGAUCCAGUGCGCCCGGCCAAGUUUUACAUCUUGCGAUGUGAGGAUCACGACAUCGACUUUGACGACAAUCCAUUACAGGCAGGUCUGGCGCAUUUGUCAGAAGAGCAUCAGCUUAAGAACCCUUCAUUCGAGACUGUUGUUCAGCACUUUGGUUAUGAGGUCAUUGGUUGCGACGAUGAAAAACUCAUUCAAAACAACAAAGUCGCCAAGGAAGCCUUUCAAAAAGGUGAAAAAGGAGCGCGAGACUUCAUUCGCGUUACUGAUAAGCCUUCACCAAAGACACCACGCAAGAAGACCAACGCCGUGAAAAAGGGUAGGUCAACGCGCAAGUCUCAGGACUCUAUCCAUCCUCGCGACUUGGUUCCUGGAGAUGUCUACAUCAUCUACUGGUCCGCGUCAAAACAGUGGUAUUGUGGUUUGUAUAUUCCUUUGGAAGAUCCCGAAUCCCUUGGAAUAGACGAAUCGCUCGAGGCGAUGGGGCUACUUAACAACGUACCGCCUUGUUAUGAGUACGACAGCUCCAGCAAGUCAUUCUCCUGGGCAGAGGGUUAUGAAGAUGGAGGAGAAGACGCUUCGGAGCAACACUUUCCGUUCAUGUUCUUUGAGGGACUUGAUUUUCCUGAUAUGUGCCAUGUUGCUUGGAUUCCCAUCGGCGAAAUUCAGCCUUGGGAUGAGGGCAAGGCGUUGAUGAUUAAGCAUAGCGACCAGGCUUUUGAAUAUCUCAAGCAGCGGGAGGCGGCUCAACAGCCCAAGCGGUGGGGUCCAAAUGAUGAGAUUCCAGACCCGACUGAUGACAACUCAACGUCGGAUCUUGCGCCUCGAUCACCAGUUGCAGAGUCUUCGACAGAUUUCCAACCUGCUCAGAACGCUGAGACCGUUACACCUAACACAGCCCCAGAAGCGGAUGCUGCUGAUCAGGCCGAAGACGCAGACGUGACUGGGCAGACUGAAGAAACACAGAAGGACACCGAACUAGCACCUGAAGAAGAGCAGGACACUCAACUAGUGCCUGAAGAAGCACAGGGCGCCCAGAUGGGAACCAAGGAAGCGCAGGACACCGAACUGAAAUCUGAAGAAGAGCAGGACGUUCAACCAGAGCCUGAAGAAGCGCAGAAGGACGCCAGACUGGAACCUGGAGAAGUGCAGAAGGAUACCCAAAUGGAAGUUGAAGAAGCGCAGGACACUGGACCAGAACCUGAGAAAGUCGCCGAGUCACCCGUACAACCCGAUAUAGUCGAAGACGAAGAUAUCGCCAUGAGUUCAGAGGAAAACCCUACCGAGGACAGCGAGGAUGUUGUAAUGGAAACUCCAGAAGAUGCAACUCAGGAACCUCUGCAACAGAAUGACUCUCAGUCUGAUGGGGACGAUCAGGAAAUUAUUCUUGAUACUCAGGAAGAUCCAGCCGAAAACGUCUCCUCCCCGAAGGAACCGGAAGAAGUCACCGCGGAACGAGAGCAGGAAAGCUUAUCUCACGAAGCAAGAGAAGCACGCUUACACAGUGUCGAUUUAGAGGAUCUCCUACUUGCAGGCGAGGAUCUGGAGUUCCAGUUUUCACAGUCUGAACAGAGGGAACUCGAUCAAAAACCGACACCUACACCUGCCCAUGAGACAAUUAGUCUUUCCCAGGCAGCAAAUGACGUUGUCAACACGAAGCAGGAAGAAAGCUUGCCUGCCUCGCCUAUACUCGGGAGAGCCAGUCUUACCAAGACGGAAAAUGACUCUGGUGAUGAGAGACGUGAGGCUAGUCAGCCUCAGCGCUCUUCUGUCGCUACGGAAUCUUCCCACGAUGAAACUCCACAGCCACGCCUUUCUUACGCUGAUAUGGGUCGCGCUUCUUCCUUGUCAGAGGGUGUUCCAAGCGAUGUAGUUGAUUCACGGCCGCAAAUUCAACCUGCUUCGAGACGGGCUCGAUCAGGGACACCUAAUCACAACGCGCUCGCUGCGCAGUCACGUAUGUCAUCGCUAUCAAAGUCACCUGUUGUAUCUCGACCGCCCGCAAUGUCGCCGCCAGCGACAAUACCGUUCUCACCCACAGCGCCGCCUGCCUCGACGCCUUUACAGCUGCCAAUGAUGUCGCAGCCUCCGCCGUCUUCUCAGCCAUCAGUACCACGGUCACCAACAUCGCAACGCCCGCCUUCAGGGUUACAGCACCCAGUCUCAUCAUGGCCGCUGGAUAACUCAUGGGCAUCGACGACACCACAGCGAUCAGGAGCAUCACAAUCAUCGGCUCUUGCGCGUCGGCCUGCACCAUCUCAGCCAACGGCAACUUCACAACCGCCGCCAUCAUCACAGCCUCCAGCGGCCAGGCCCUCGACAUUAUCCCCCCCAUCUUCAUCAUCUCAACCAUCGACUUCGGAGCCACCGUUCCGUACCCCAACAGCGCAAGAGCGGCCCGCAGCGCAAGUAGCAAUGUCUCCUGGGUCUGCUGUGUCUAACAGCGAACAGCCAAACAACGCAUGGCCGACUUCGCAGACAUCGCAGGUCCUGGCACCUCCCCGCCACUCACCAAUAGAGAGUCCACUGCCAGAAGAUGCUCAGACUCGCUCUGAAGUCUUGAGACAUCCUCAUGCAGCUCAGCCCAAGACGUCUGCGCAGGCUUUGGGAAACAGUCCCCGACCUAGCGAACUAUCACGUGCGACAAGGCCCAAGGCAUCAUCCAAGUCCUCAGUUGAUAUUGUUUUGCUUAACCGUCAAGCAGUCAAUGAAGCGCGGUCACAGUCCAUGACAACUGGACAGCAAGCAGCAACAACCAGUCCUACACAGAUGCCAGCAGCUCAUGAAAGACAUUCAGAACCUGCACAGAUAACGUCAAUGCCGCCAGCUAUGUCUGCUGCCAGACCUGAAGCCCCAGCUGCGCGCCGCCCGCUCCCUCGGGAGAGACCAUCACCUAGACCUUCUGCUUCACCGGUAAAGAGCCGUGAAGCCCCCAAGGCCAUGCCGUCACAAAAUCAGGCUCCCAGUGCUUCUUCCCAACAUCCUUCUGGGGCCGGGAACACUCCAGCAGCUCAGCCAGAGCGACCAGCACAAAUGCUCUCAGGUCAGCCACCUACCAGAUAUGCUUCUCGACCUACGUCCCCGGUACACCAAAACUCACCCCGCUUGCCGCCCAUGAAUGUCCCUCUAGAUGGACACUAUCCCCCCAAUACAAUGUUGGCCCAACAACAGGCAUCUUUGUCGAUGUCUCGACCUAGUUCUUCGGGACAUAUUGGACCACAGCCUGUGCCUUCUCCUCGUCUGGCUGCUCGGUCUAUAUCGCGACCCGGCUCUGCAUCCCAAAAGCACAUUGUAUCACAGGCUAUGCCUUCUCCCCAUCAACUAGCGGCAGAAAUUCAGCGACCUCGGUCCGGAUUCCAGGGGCAUUCUGGGUUGCAGCCGAUGUACUCUCCCCGACAAGUUCCUAGGGAAAUCCCUCACCGCGUCUCAGCCUAUGAAGGGCAUCCAAAUCAUCGUCCUGUUCCAUCACCGCGGCGUCCCUAUGCUGUUCCAGUGCAGCCGCCCGCAUCGCCUCAACAAUCUUUCAGUCACUUUUCCCAUCGAAGCCCUGAGAUGCAGGGACAGGGCUAUGUUUCCCAGCGUCAUUAUGCAUCAACUGGGACCUUGUCACCGCAAUUGUCAACAGCGGAAAAUCAAUUGCCACCCAUUCGAUUACCAAACAUCUCUCGUCCUCGAUCUGGAGCCCAGACAGCUCCAAACAUGAUCUCGCCGCCGCAGACCGCUGUGGGGGCUCGACCAGGACACUAUACGGGACAUCACCAGCCUACGCCGCAUAUUAUGCAAUCGCCGCGUCUAUCUGCGGCCGAAAUCUCUCGACCGCACACGGCAAGCAACAUGCAUCCUCCCCUGCCCACGAUGUCACCAAUCCUAGGGCACACAGAACCGCGUAGACCAAACUCAAGCUACGAUCAAAGCAUGCCUUUUCACGCCCCCUUGCCCACCAUGCUGCCAACCUAUUCGAACACAAGCUACCAGUCGUCGGCACCAUCUGCACACCAGUACGCCCAACCUAAUCGUCCUCAAGGUCACAUUCGAAGACAUUCCGAAAGCGCUUGUCACCCCCAACUCCAGCAGUAUGCACUCGCAGGCAGUCCGCAGAUAGCAAACUCUACGCCACGGUCCUAUCAGUCGCCUGAGCUCGAUCGGGGUCCGAGACGUAAUCCGGCUCAGGAUCCCUUCCUCCCUGAACUCUCUCCCCACGUUCGUAAGGCACUUCUGGAGCAAGUUAGAACAGACAGACUCGAUCUUAUCCCCUGCGACUUUCUCAACAACGAAAACAGGUAUCGAUGCCCUUUUUGCAAGGAAACGACUCUGGAGCCAACAGCGCUUAUCGAUCACAUCAAGAUGAGCUGUCCAAUGCUGGAGGAGAAGUAUAAACAGGACAAGAAUGAGCAGGCCAUUGAAGCGAAUCAAGCCAAGCGAGUCAAGCAAGCUAAGAGAAAGAGUCAGAUGGCCCAGGCAACGAAGAAUGCCCGAGUUCGGAGUUGAUUUGUUUAUUAUUGAUGUGAUUAUCCCACUAGAUAUCACUUUGCGAGCCUGGAAGGAAUGCCGUGGAAAUUGGCUGAAGCAUCUCAUUGCUUUUAAUCAGUACAGUCGCGAGCUGGUGUUUUUGUUAUUAGUUAUUACAAAAGUAGAUCCUUGAUCUUGAUAGGCGUGUUGAAGAAGAAUUAUGGAAGCAUAGGGAACACUUUCAGCUAGUCUUAUGGAUCAACAGUUCACAUAAGUACUCUAGAGUUGGUAAUUUAUCACGAAUCAGUUCUCAUAACACAAUCUCCGCUGCCAUCGUGACUGAAAGCUUUACUCGU